AGCGGACUUAAAAAAAAAUACAACGUCGCAGCAGCCGGGAUCGGCGUUUACAGUCGCUCCUCGCUCGCACGCGCCCGCGCUCCGGCUCUUUGACUUUGUAACAUGCAAGACRCUGAUCCCAGGGGGAGCUCCCCUGCUUUCCUUCGGCCCCAGAACGGCAGCAGUCACAGGUCGUCCGGGUACAUGCCAGGCAGGAUCGCCCCUCUUCGCCCCCCGCCGCCCUCGCAGAGCCACGUUGCCGCCGAGUUUACCUCCGCACGACAAGAAGCACGGGCCACGUUUGCAUCGUCGCCAGCCGAGCRGCGCCGCCGCCGCGCAGAAGCCAGCAGGCACAAAAACACGCUCAUUUGCUUCGCUGUUUCCAGCUUUUUGCUUUUUGUUGCACUGGGGAUUUUUUUGGGAAUAGCUUCAAAAUAUGCUCCAGAUGAGAAUUGUCCUGAUCAGAAUCCCCUUCUUAGAAGCUGGAGCCCUGGACAUGAUCCUGAAAAGAGAAUUUUUAUCAAAAAGGGGGAUUUGUUUCGUCUGGAUUCAGAUGCUACAGUACACUCUAUAGUUAUACAUGAUGGAGGGUUACUUGUUUUUGGUGAUGAUAAAGAAGGUUCAAAAAAUAUUACUUUGAGAACUCGUUUUAUCCUGAUAAAGGAUGGUGGAAUGCUUCAUGUUGGAGCAGAGAAAUGCCGCUAUAAUUCCAAAGCAACUAUCAUUUUGUAUGGGAAGUCAAAUGAAGAUGCUGAUGUGCCGGAUUUUGGCAAAAAGUUUAUCGGUGUGGGCCCUGGUGGGAUGCUGGAAUUGCAUGGGCACCAGAAGGUAUCAUGGACUCUUCUCUCAAAGACUAUAAAUUUCUCAGGGCUGGCCUAUGGUCAUUAUACAUUUAAAAAGAAUUUUUCCAGAGGACUAAAUGUGAGAGUGAUUGAUCAGGACACAGCAGAGGUUUUGGAAAUAUUAAGGUUUGAUACUCAUCAGUUUUCAGAAGAAAGCUUGAAACUCGAGAACUUACUAAAAAAAGGAAGUCCUGGUCGCAUUGUUGCUAUUGCUGUAGGAGAUUCAGCUGCUAAAAAUCUACUGAAGGAAACUAGAUUGACUAUUCAAAAUCUUCUGGGGAGUAAGUUUGUCACAGGACUGAGUUACAGGCAAGCUUGGGCUUUAGUUGGUGUGAUAGGUGGUGGAAACUCUUCAUGUAAUGAAUCAGUGAGAAACUACGAAAAUCACAGCACUGGUGGGAAAGCUCUUGCUCAGAAGGAGUUUUUCACAGUGGAUGGUCAGAAGUUUGUUGUGAGAGCGUACAGUGAAUGGAACGAUGGUGUCCCAAUCUCGGGCUUCCAGGUGGAAGCCGUGGGUGGAGUGAUCCUGAAUCUCCUGGAUGACGUCAGUAGCUGGGAGCCUGGAGAUCGGAUCGUCCUUGCAAGCACAGACUAUUCAAUGCAUCAGGCAGAGGAAUUCACUCUGCUUCCCUGCCCAGAGUGCAGCAAGCACCAGGUCAAAGUCAAAGAAAACCCUCAGUUUCCUCAUAUGGGAGAAAUUAUUGAUGGAGUGGACAUGAGAGCAGAAGUUGGAGUCCUUACAAGGAAUAUCUUAAUCAAAGGAGAGACAGAAAAUACAUGUUACCGUGAAAAGGAGUGCCAGUUUUUCAACUAUGAUACAUUUGGUGGGCAUAUUAAGAUUCUGAAGAAUUUUACAUCUGUUCAUCUCUCUUAUGUGGAGCUGAAGCAAAUGGGGCAGCAAGAGAUUGGAAGUUACCCUGUUCACUUUCACCUAUGUGGCGAUGUGGAUGAAAAAGGAGGUUACAAUUUUAAGACUUAUCUGGAAGGUCUUUCCAUUCAUCACUGUUUCUCCAGAUGUGUGACUAUUCAUGCAACUAAUGGCUUGCUGAUAAAGGACACCAUUGGCUAUGACACACUAGGUCACUGUUUCUUCAUAGAAGAUGGCAUUGAACAGAGGAAUACUCUGUUCCACAACCUUGGACUAGUCACCAAGCCAGGCACUCUUCUUCCUACAGAUAGAAACAGCAGCAUGUGUAUUGCCAUUAGAGAUAAAGUGUAUGGAAGUUAUGUCCCCGUGCCAGCCACAGACUGCAUGGCAGUCUCAACCUACUGGAUUUCUCAUCCGAACAAUCAUCUCAUAAAUAAUGCGGCUGCAGGUUCACAGGAUGCCGGAAUAUGGUAUUUGUUUCACAAGAUUGCUACAGGAGAUUCUUAUGGUUCAGCUGUUGAAACUAAGUCAGAACUUACACCUCUAGGAAUCUUCUACAACAACAGAGUUCAUUCUAAUUUUAAGGCUGGUUUGUUCAUUGAUAAGGGUGUUAAAACAACUAAUGCUAGUGUAGAUGAUCCCAGAGAAUACCUGUGCUUGGACAACAAUGCAAGGUUCCGACCUCACCAGGAUGCAGACCCUGAAAAGCCGCGAGUUGCUGCCUUGAUUGAUAGAUUGAUCUCUUUCAAAAACAACGAUCACGGGGCCUGGGUCAGGGGAGGCGAUAUCCUCAUUCAGAACUCAGGGUUUGCAGACAAUGGAAUAGGCUUGACAUUUGCUAGUGAUGGGAGCUUCCCAAAUGAUGAAGGUGCCAGCCAGGAGGUAUCUGAGUCUCUGUUUGUAGGUGAGAGCAAGAAUUAUGGGGUUCCUGGUGGCCAAAAUAAAUACUGGGGAACUGGAGGAAUAGACAAUAAAACACGUACUCUGCCAAGGAAUCGGACAUUUCCAAUCAGAGGUUUUCAGAUUUAUGAUGGACCUAUUCAUCUAACCAAAUGCACAUUCAAAAACUUUGUGCCAACUCCAGACAGAUUUACCAGUGCGGUUGGUUUCUUGAUGAAGAACACAUGGCAGAUGACACCUAAAAACAAUAUUUCUCUGGUGAAGUUUGGUUCAAAUGUUUCUCUGAAGGUCUUCUUUGGAAGACCUGGUCCAUGGUUUGAAGAUGGAGACCUGGAUGGUGACAAGACAUCAAUAUUCCAUGAUCUAGAUGGUUCAGUGACUGAUUACAAGGAUACCUAUGUUGGCAGAAUGGAUAAUUACCUGAUUCAGCACCCCAAAUGUAUUAAUAAUACAGAAUGGAAUGGGGUUAUUUGCAGUGGGACGUAUGCUCAGGUGUAUGUCCAAACAUGGAACGGGCAGAACCUGUCAAUGACCAUUGUGCGAGAUGAAUACCCAUCCAAUCCAAUGGUUCUCAGAGGCAUCAACCAGAGAGCAGUCUACCAACAAUACCAGCCAGUAGUGAUGCUUCAAAAGGGCUACACAAUACAUUGGAAUGGGAAGGCUCCAAAUGUCACUUACCUUUAUCUCAUUAACUUCAACAAGAAUGAUUGGAUUCGUGUUGGCCUUUGUUAUCAACCAAAUAUGGAUUUUAUAAUAUCAUUAGAAACCUUUCAUAGACAGUCAUCUGCUCUGUGGAACAAGACAGACCAUUAUACACCCACAUCUUCAAUGAUGGAGCUGGAGAAGAACCGCUCGGACAAGAAGUUUUAUUUUGACAGCAGUACAGGAUUACUGUUUUUAUUUCUUCAAGCCAAAUAUAAUAGAGAUGGUCACAGUUAUUGCUCAUCUCAGGGAUGUGAAAGGAUCAAGAUUGUGACCAAAAAUUCAGCAAAAGAGAUCAGUAACUGCAUGGCAAAAGCUUAUCCAAAGUACUACCAAGGGCCAACUGCCAUAAAGCAAAUGCCAGUAAAAACUACUGUACCAUGUACGAAGUGUGGUGCGACUCAGAAGUUAUUCACCAGUGAUCCUCACAAAAACUACCUCCUCGUGCAGAUUAAUUCACCUGGUAAAACAGAGUUAAAUGGAGGUCAGCGAGCAUUUAUUUUUGUCAAUGACACUAUAUUUUCUCUCAAGGAUAACGGUAUACUUGUUGUUGUAGUUGAUGCCUGCAUUGGCACAGUAUCAGGAAAUAAAUUAUUUUCUGAAGUAGAUGCUAAGCAUGUAGRUGGAUAUUUAAAAUCUGGAAUUCCACAAAGGUCUAUAGUUCUACUGAGCACAAGAGGUGACAUAGACAGUCCUAAUAUAUCAGGAGCCUUAAUGUCCCUGGGGACAGCCAAACCACCUUACCUGCAGAGAAACGGAAGCAUGGCCUUUCUGGGCUUCAAAGGAAACUUUAAGCCAUCCUGGGUUAAGCUGUUUACCAGUCCUGCUGGGCAAGGGCUAGUUCAGAUAGAGAAGUAUAUCCCUUUGCAACUGGAAGAGUAUGGCUGUGCCAGAGCUAUGAAAAGCCGACGGAAAGACCUGGAGCUUCUAAAGAAGGCUACAAGAGCUCAUUAAAGACUAGGAUGUACAUAAGUGCUGGGGGGAAAAAAUGUGAACUAACUUAUUUUUAAUUUAUGGCAUUUUAAACUAUAUUUUUAUCCAAGUAAAUCAUGUUAUUGUUUGACAGACAUUUGCCAACAUUGACCGCUUGAAUGCCAGUCUGUGCACCUUCUAGUUGUACAAAAUGUUAAAGAGUUUAUUAGUAUGUGUAUAAACAGGUUUCAGAGACUUUUUCAGAUGUUUGUAUUUACUGUAAACAAGUUUCUUCUGUUUAAUACUUCUUUGUAUUUAAGAGGGUGUUCAAAAAGCCUUAAAAGUUUUGAUAACAGAUAUCAGAGUGCAUCUUGGAUUACUUGAAAGAGUAACAUUAAAAUCUGUCAUUCUAACAGCUCAAAUUGGUCAUCUUAACUUAAUCUGCCUUUUUUUCCUGCUACUUAAAUGUUUUAAGAGGUCAUUUAGCAAUUGGCUCAGUUACAUUCUUUACCUGCUUACCAAAAUUAAAAAGCAGCUCCUUUUCUGCAUGCUGCACAGGCUCAAARGGCUAUAACUGUAGUAACACUCGUGCUUUGCUGAAGGAAAGAUGGAGACGAGGGAUAUCCAGCCCAGGGCAGGGGUAUGGAGUGUGCAGCAGAGAUUACCAGGCCGUUUGCACCAGCACAGCAUACGGAGUGAGGAAAGUCUGCAGCUCUCUAGGAUCACUGCUUGCCACUCACCCCAAAACGUGCAGGAGCUUAAGAGUUACUCCGCAAUUAGGCUGAGUAUAAGGCUCAAAUUUURGGUACAGAUUCAUUUCAGCAUUUUCU